GAUAACCACCAUUCCAAGGAAGAAGAAACGUUCCCCGCAAACCUCCAUGGCUCUUUCUUCCCCUCCACCUCCUCCUUCACAACAUAAUAUCAGAAGACAUAACCACAUAGACAAGCUUCAUGAAACCAAAUCGACGCCAUUCAUUCGCUUCUCAAACAUUCUUCUUUAUCUCCUUCCUCCUCGUCUUCUGCCUUGGAAAUGACAAGUUUCUCAUUUCCACCAUUAAAAAGAACGCCUUUGAAGCAAUGGACGUCAGCCUUACUGACGUUGAGUACAAAGUUCCUCUUCAGGGAAACCUCACCAGCGUCCAAGCAUCAGCUAUGCUGAUAAGAAAUAGAACAUUCUGGCUAAAAGGUGCCAAUUUGAGUUCCUUUCACCUUCCCCCUGGCAUCAUUUCCAACUCUUUUAGCAGAAGAGUACUACUAAUCAGCUACAACUUAGGCCACAACCUCUCCAAUUCUCUGUACACUAGCAGCGUAGAGUCUGGCUUCUCUCUAAUUUCACCAGUCGUUGGACUUCUCGCCUACGAUGGUGGGGAUGCAACUCACUCCAAUCGUCGUGAACUCGGCUUCACUCUGACGGGCGAGCUCAUUGUAAUUAAGAUCCCGGCAUGGGAAAACAGAGCGGUGAGCUACUGUGCUCGGUUUGGGAAAAGAGGAUAUUUUAGUUUGGAAGGAGAGGAGUUGAACGGAUGUUGUUUGACGAAAGGACCGGGGAGUUUUGGCGUGGUGGCAAAGGGUUUGAUAGGAGAGUUGCCGGCGGCUGCACCGCCACCUCCGGCGGCGGAUGCAAGGGAGAAGAGGUGGAGGAUGUGGAUGGUGGGUUUGGGAGGGGCAGGGAGCUUGGCUUUGGUAAGUUGGAUGGCGAUUUGGGUGGGGAGUUUGGUGGCAAGGAGGAGGGUAAGGGAGAUGAGGAAAGAGGCUGAUGAAGGACAGGUGCUUGACGUUAUGUGGAUUGGAGGGAGAAAAAUUCCUGUUGCUGGAUUAACGAGGACUGUGCCGGUGCUGUGAUAAGGAAAAAAAAUAUUACAUUCGGACAGCAUAAAUGUAGCUGAGGAGAAGAGGAAUCCGACCUUCACCCUCGUUGUAUUUGGGCCCUUUGUCCAGACAUCGAAUGUAAUAUUUUCUGAUGAUUGAGGGAAAAAGUUCAAAAAUGUUUUGUUUU